AUGGCUAUGAUUCAUGUCGAAGACGAAGACCAUGUCACCAGAGAUGACAACGGCAACCUGAUUCUGCGCCCUGGCAUACGUAUGUUGCCCAUUGAAUACCACGAGGCUUAUGACGACUACAACUACGAAUACCAUGGAUACCUCGAGAUGUUCACGACGCCCAUCGUCCAGCCAGGUUCCGAGGAUCCGUUUCCCGUCCCGCGUCGCACUGGCCAUUUCGCUGCACGCGCACCGGCCCAUUGGCAGCUCAUGAAUCCCCUGCAGGCCCCCAACAACAAUCCUCCUGCCAAUGACGCCAGUAUUCCGGCUGACAACAUCGAGUCCCGUCCCGUUGACGCGGAGUCCAACCUCGGUGGUGGUGAUGGUUCAGUUGCUGCUGAGAUGGCCGCCAAGUGGCAUGUCGAGCUGGUCACUUGCUCGCACCACGGCAGUAUGAGCUCCUAUCCCAUCCUAACGCUACAGGGUCAGUAUAACAGCUGGCAGAAUAAGCAUUCUGCCGGCCGGGCAUCUUGA